UUGAUUUUAAAAAGGUCACUGUUUUGCCUAACUACGUAGAUAAGCUGAUAAAUCCAGCAAACAAUGGGAAACUUUGGCAUGCUCUGGAUUCAGAGGCAAUGAAGUCUCUGACGCUGGCAAAGUUCAUGAGGCAAAGCAGGAAGAGUUGCCCGGGUCAGGAAAUCGUCAGAGAAGGAGGGCACAGGCUGCUGCAACUGGCAGCUGUUUUAACACCAGGCAUUGCUCGGGCACAACCUGGCUAGGAAAGGCAUGGUGAACGCUGAACAGCCAGACCCUCCCUCAGCCUCUGGCAGGAUGGCGCUUCACCGCAGCCAGAAGCUGAACCUGCUGCGUCUCGCGGUCCUCCUGACGGUGGCACUGGCUGGCAUCAAGUUCUUCUUCCGGGACAGCUUUACGCUGGACCAACGCAGGGAAGUUAGCGGGGAAAGCCACUUCUGGGGCAAUGCUCAGCAGGACAUGAAACAGCCAGGCAACACCCAGGCUCGAUCAGUGGGGCACUUGGAUCGGCAGGCAGCGGCCGGAGCGCCUGGCCCGGAGUUGAAGAAACUGCCCCACCGCGAUUUCAGCUCCAUGCAGAUGCGGUUAGUCCAUCUGGACCUCAAAGGGGCAGCUCCUAAAGUAUCCUACCUGGAGCAGAUCUUCCCGCUCUUCUCCAAGAUGGGGGCCAAUGGGGUCCUGGUCGAGUACGAAGACAUGUUUCCCUUCCAGGGAGAACUGGAGAUACUCAGGUCCCCCUAUGCUUACAGCGAAGAAGACAUCACGAAGAUCCAGGAGCUGGCAGACCUCAAUAAACUGGAAAUAAUCCCCUUAGUGCAGACUUUCGGGCACGUGGAGUUCAUCUUGAAGCAUGAGAAGUACCGGCAUUUGCGUGAGGUAGAACGUUUCCCCAACAGCUUCAACCCCCACCUGCCAGAGACCCUGGCUCUCCUGAAGGCCCUACUCACCCAGGUCCUCAGCAGGCACCCCCACUCCAGUUGGGUACACAUCGGGGCCGAUGAGGUCUUCCACUUGGGCGAAGGAUUGGACUCCAAGAACUGGAUGAGUCGCAACGGUGGCGAUGCGGGGAAGAUGUACCUGAACCACAUCCGGGAGGUGGUGCAAUUCAUCGCCAGCCAGCCUUGGGGGCAGCAGGUGCUGCUCUGGGACGACAUGCUGCGGAAGGUUGGCGUUGCAGCCAUCCAAGAUUCCGGCAUUGCCAAACACACGUCUCCCGUCCUGUGGUUUUACGCGCCAGACUUCGAUACGCAGCAAAUAGGAAGGUACAUUGAAAAAUACGCCGAGUGCGGCUUCUCAACCAUCUGGUUUGCCAGCGCCUUCAAAGGCACCACGGGCCCCGCCCAGGCCUGGACCCCCCUAAACACCCACCUGCAGAACCACCUGCGAUGGUUGAAGGUCAUCCAGUCCAUGGAGAAGACGCCCUCCAUCCGUUUCCAGGGCAUCGUGCUCACCGGCUGGCAAAGGUAUGACCACUACUCUGCCUUGUGUGAGCUGCUGCCUGUCGGGAUUCCCUCACUGGCCGUGUGUUUGCAGACCCUGGUGAACGGAGGCUUCACAGACGCUGCCAAAAAGAAAGUCCUGGCCAUCCUUGGCUUCCAGAACCUGCACCUGGAAAAGAACACCUGUGAAGGAACGGGGGCGUUUCCGGGCGCCGAUAUCUACCGCCUGGUCGAGCAAGUAGAUGGGCAGCUGAAGGACUCAGUCAGCAAAGUCUUGGAAGAUGAAAGCUCCAUCAAGGGAUGGUUCAGCCCGUAUCAUCGCAAGCAUCAGUUCGGCAACCCACGAAACAUGGAAAGUUUCGGCAGCAAAGUGCUCAAAGUCCACGAAGAGUGGGAGAGCAUCAUCCAGACCCUGCGCUCACACAUGGAAAACAUCUACUUCCCUGACACUGUGGAGGAAUGGAUGGAGGAGAACGUCAAUCCCCACAUGGACCACUUGCGCGAGUUUGUCCGGGACUUCAAAGAAGUCAUCCGCCUGAAUGCCCGGCCCAAGACCCUCUAGGGAAGGGCCCCCUCCCAGGCACAAAGGGGGGCCCCGUUCGUGGUUCAGUCCAACCUGUUUUUUUAAAAACUUGAAAGAACUUGAGGCUGGAGGGGGUGUGGGGGCUCCCUUCCAGGACAAGGUUUAGUGCCUCUUCUAGUGCUGGGCCACCAAAAUCCGUUUCUAGCCAGUUUUGAUGGAUUCCCCUCCCCCCAGUUUGGCACCUUCCCCCUCCCCACCAGCGAUGGUGAAUCUGUGGGCCUGUUUGGAGAGGGAGCAGUAAUUCUGGUGGGGGUCUUGCCGGAGAGAAGAAUUUUGGUCCUGGUUUCCAUUCCUUUCCAUUUCUUCCUUUUCAAUGUGGUUUAGAGCUCUCGGGACUGGCACUGUUGGUAGGCUGGUCUUCCCACCCCCCAUCCCCCCAUGGCUGCUCCUGGGCAGAAAAAGUGCCACAGGAUGUGGGGAACGACUGUCACAUUCUGACAGAGGUGGAGGUGGGGGCACUGCUGAAUGAUGUUGAAAAGGACAGAAGAGAAGGAGAACUUUCAUCUUUCCCGCACCUUCCUUUGAAAGUCCCUUCUCUUGUCUGAAAAUGGGUGGAUUCAGAGGUGGGUUCCUACCUAUUUAGUCCAGUUCAGGCAAAUAGGUAGUAACUCCAGAAGACAAGUGAUUGUACCAGUUCUAGGACCAGCAGCGCCAUCUUGAUUUUCUGUUCUGCACAAGCACAGAACAAUCUUCAUUUAAAAAAUGCAAUUUCUAUUCGUUUUUUAAUAUUGUUCGCAUGCGCAGAUCGUUUUAAAUGAAAAUACGUGAGUGAAGCGAGCAAAUUUUUUUACUACCGAACCGGUAGUAAUGGUGGAUGGGAAACACCCCCCCCCCCCGGGGUAGAUUUAACUUUUCCUCCCACUGAAACUUGAAAUCCAUUCUCAUCUUUCAUCAGUCGCAUUCUUCGUUUUGCUUGAGGGACAAAAAUGGCCAUUUUUGCUCAGCUGAAGUCAGGAUAGUGCAGUGAUGGCCUCUUGGGACAGAGGCAACACACUGGGGGAAGAGUGACUUUGAACCUUCCUUCAGAGUCAGCAGACCAGGCCAAAGACUCCUUCCUUGGUGGCAACAACCCAAGUUCUCCGGAACAUGAGAUCGAGGAAGCAGCCCUGGGGAAGGGGGCAAAACAUCCACCCCAAGUCUUGCUGCAUCUCCCAACCCUAAUCCGGCAGCUCCCAGGGUCUCCUGCCCCUUUUCAGAAUUUCGCUUGGCAAGAACCCGAAGUUGCCUUCCAGGCCUCUAGCUAAAACCUUCCUCACGGUGAAAAAAACUAAGCGUCAUUGUGGAUUUGUUUUCUCAGGGAAUGUUUAAAGGACUUCCCAUUUGCCACCCACCCUAGUUUCUUGGUGAGACCCUCCCUUUAUCCCUGUUGGCUCCUGGGCAGCCCAAGCGAUUGGCAGGCAUGUAACCAAGCUGCCCACAAGCUGCCAGAUGGAAACGGGCAGGCAUUUUGAAAAGGCAGGUGAGGAAGCAUCCCGGAACGGAAUGCAGCAGCUGCCCUGCACAGAUGAGUGGAGCUAACAGGUAGCCAUGGCAGGUGGGAGACCCCCUCUGGGGAGUCCCUGUUGCUCCCUGGAUCCUGCAUACCCCUCUUGGCUGAUGUGCAGCUCAGAGAAGGUGCACCUUGCUAUGGUGAGCUUAUGGCUUUUCUCAUAAUCCCGCCUUGGCUGGGUAUCAAAUUCUGUGGGGCCCAGAGCUGCUGUUUGGCACCUCCUGAGCUGCAUGUAAACCUCUGGCUCCUGUAAUUGUGGAGCAGACACCGGGGUUGAGGCGUGGAUCCACCCCCCACUCCCCCGGCUGCUUUCCCCAAGAUAGAAGGGGGAGAAUCUAGGCUCCCUGGAGUGGUCUCUGCCAAGGAAAGCGGGAGGAGCUGACCGUUUCCCCCUUCCCACCAGGAGAGGCACUGGGAUUGCCAGUGGAUGUGUUUUAUAAGGCAGGCUCAGAGUUAGUUGCUGCCGUGAAGAGUUAAUUGUAUAGGAGAGUUGCUGCUGCUGCUGUGGUGCCGAAGACAAUAAAGUAUUUUUUAUAA